CCCGCUCGAGUUUCAAUGCGCGUUGUUACUGAACGAAGCUGAAUCCCAUACACUGCCCGCUGCUCUUCUGAUCAUGGCUUCUUCGAGUUCCUUCACCUACUAUUGCCCUCCAUCCUCCUCCCCUGUCUGGCCAGAAACGCUGUACAGUUUGAGGCCCGAGCACGCGCGGGAGCGGUUGCAGGACGACUCGGUGGAAACAGUUACGUCCAGAGAACAGGCCAAAGUAGAAGAAAAGAUCCAGGAAAUCUUCAAUUCUUACAAGUUCAACCACCUUGUACCGAGGCUUAUUUUGCAGAGGGAGAAGCACUUCCAUUAUCUGAAAAGAGGCCUUCGACAACUGACUGAUGCCUACGAGUGUCUGGAUGCCAGCCGCCCAUGGCUCUGCUACUGGAUCCUGCACAGCUUGGAGCUCCUAGACGAGCCUAUUCCCCAGAUAGUGGCCACAGAUGUGUGUCAGUUUCUGGAGCUGUGUCAAAGUCCCGACGGUGGCUUUGGAGGGGGCCCUGGUCAGCAGCCACACCUUGCACCCACAUAUGCAGCCGUCAACGCACUGUGCAUCAUCGGCACGGAGGAGGCGUAUGACAUCAUUAACAGAGAGAAGCUUCUCCAGUACCUGUACUCACUGAAGCAGCCCGACGGCUCUUUUCUCAUGCAUGUUGGAGGUGAGGUGGAUGCAAGAAGUGCAUACUGUGCCACCUCGGUGGCCUCUCUGACGAACAUCAUCACUCCAGACCUCUUUGAGGGCACUGCUGAAUGGAUAGCCAGGUGUCAGAACUGGGAAGGCGGCAUUGGUGGGGUGCCAGGGAUGGAAGCGCACGGCGGCUACACUUUCUGUGGCCUGGCUGCACUGGUGAUCCUCAAGAAAGAAUGCUCCUUGAACUUGAAGAGCUUACUGCACUGGGUAACAAGCCGGCAGAUGCGAUUUGAAGGUGGAUUUCAGGGCCGCUGCAACAAGCUGGUGGAUGGCUGCUACUCCUUCUGGCAGGCGGGGCUCCUAACGCUGCUCCACCGCGCACUGCACGCUCAAGGUGACCCAGCCCUCGGCAUGAGCCGCUGGAUGUUCCACCAGAAGGCCCUGCAGGAGUACCUGCUCAUGUGCUGCCAGUGCCCUGCGGGGGGCCUUCUGGACAAGCCCGGCAAGUCACGCGACUUCUACCACACCUGCUACUGCCUGAGUGGCCUGUCCAUCGCCCAGCACUUCGGCAGUGGAGCCAUGCUGCAUGACGUGGUGGUGGGGGUGCCCGAGAAUGCUCUGCAGCCCACACACCCUGUGUACAACAUUGGACCGGACAAGGUGAUCCAGGCCACCACGCACUUCCUGCAGAAGCCAGUCCCUGGCUUCGAGGAGCCUGAGGAUGAGGGGACAGCAGAGACUCCAAGUGACUAGAGGACGCGUGCCAAGCUCUGUGCUCCCCGCCUCCCCACUCAGACAAGGUUUUAUGUUUUGCUACAUAGUAUGUCUGUGCUCCACAAGCCUUAGCCACUAUGGAGCUGUGGCUUUCUUCAUCCUCUCCUGUCAAAAAAAAGCCACUGGCUGUAGGUUUAGAGUAAACAGUGGCAUGAUUUUUAAAAUUCUUUUCAUCCCUAUCAAACCAAAAACCUGUCUACACGCUGUGCAGUGAGGUAGGGAGCAGUGCAUGCUGGGAGGAAGCAGCCCCUCCCACCAGCCCUCCAGCUUGGGUGGUGUCUGAGUGUCACAGCAUGCAAGGCCACUGCUGUGACUCCCAUCUGCAUGGCAGUGUUAAAUCACCAGAGGAGGCACCCUCCCAGGGUGGAAAUCAGGCUGCUUCAUGCUGAGGUACGGGGCUUUGGUCCCCAAAAAGGCUAUGUUGGGGCUGAGUUAGGAGGUGCUUCUGCCUCUCACCUUCCAUCCUUGUCAUUUGCAAGGGACAGGAACUGAGGGUGGAGGGACAAAUGUCUCCUUGAGUUGAGAGUCACUCCCCUGCAGAACUGAAGAUCUGAGCCAGGGCCUCUCCAAGGCCAAGCUUGGGCACAGGCAAGUUUUGCUUCAGCCCAGGUAUGGUGACUGACACCUGGGAAACCAAGUAUGAGUAGAAAUGCACCUCUGGUCCCACUCUGUGCCAGAGGAAGUGGCCCCCAGGCCCAGCCCUGACCUCCGUAUACCAUGAAUGUCCCCUGAUGUCCUCAGGGCAGUGCCUGUAGCCAGAGCCCUUCUGCGUGUUUCCAUCUUUCUCUUGCCAGACUCCCAGCCCACCUUCCUCCAAGCAGUGUUGUCUUUCCCACCCGGAGUAUUAAUACGACCAAGUCUUUCACCUUAAUUUAUGACUCAGGAUUCAUUCUUGUCCUACCCAUUCUAGGCUCAGAGAUGUCAAAUCAAGUGCUAGACAAGCCAGCUGCUGCGGGGCAGUGGUCUGGAAGUGCUGGAGGCAGCGAGUGCUGCCUGCUCUGUCAGUCCUGGCGGGGCCUCUGCUGCCUCCUGCACUGACCCCGUGCAUGGUCAGUGGGUGCUGAGCUUGGUCAUCAUCCAGCACCAUGGACUGCAGGCAGACAGGCACUCAGAGAUGCCGCAUGAGGCUCUUUUCAAAACAACCGGCCACUCGCUGCCUCUAACUCCCUAAUGCUUUGGCACCCUGGACUAUGUGUUACCUCCUUGAAAUAAUAAAAGAAUAACAUUUUCUA